UCAUUUUGAGGUAGCGCUUAAUGCAGUAAUUAUUUACCUAGGUACCUAUAUUUAUUUACAUUUUACAAAUUACACCAGCAUGUCAGAUUCUUCGGAAGAAGAGGAUCUUUCUCGAUUCAGAGAAGUUGUGGACACAUCUUUCACUAAACUGAUAAACGAAUCUCGAGGACAAACGACAAGUCAGACACAUGAGAGCAAAAAAGAAAAACCGAAAUCUGAAAGAUAUUUAGAAGAAGCAUCCCAUUAUAAUGAUGUGAAGGUUCCAGAAGAGAUGCAAAAGCGGAUUGGUGCCAAAGUAUCUGCAAUUAUACAGAAGAAAAUUGAAUUUGUUGACAUGGAAAAUCAUAUAAAAAAAAGGAAGAUCAAAGGUGGAGUAAAACUAUUCAAGGAAUCAGAAGGGUUUUUGACAUGUGAAGAAGCUAAGGAUACCUACACUGAGGGCCACAAUGAGAAAUCUAAAAAACUCAAAACGAAAAGAAGGCAAAUUGAUGCAGAAGAGAGUAUAAACGAAGAUGAUAAAGUGAGUGCUGUUGCAGUAAGUGGAGAUUAUGUUUUGGGUAAAGAAGAGACAAAAUUAUGGAAAUCUAGAAGAAAAGAGAAGCUUUUCAAAUAUAAAGGACAGAAGAACAGUAAAGUUUUGACAGCUGUGGUAUAGUAGAACUAAUACUUCUAUAUACUUGAAGCAUUUCUUGUUAUAUUUUGGAUUUAUUUCAAUAAAAAGGCCAGAUUGAUACUCAAAAAUAGUUAUC